AUGCAGCUCGUGCGGGCAGGCUGUGCGCUCGCGGCCGCGGCUUCGGCUCUUCUCCUUCUUCUCUUCUUCCAAGCGCGCGCUCUGCGAGAAGGUCAGCUGGCAGCAGGCACAUGUGAAAUAGUCACACUAAACCGAGACAGCAGUCAGCCAAGGAGGACCAUUGCACGGCAGACAGCCAGGUGUGCCUGCAGGAAAGGCCAGAUUGCCGGCACAACCAGAGCCAACCCGGCGUGUGUAGACGCUCAUAUUGUGAGGAACAAACAGUGGUGUGAGAUGAUGCCAUGCUUGGAUGAUGAAGGCUGUGACCUGUUAGUAAACAGAUCAGGCUGGAGAUGUGCUCAGCCUGGCGGCAAAGUGAAAACUACCACAGUAUCCUGACAUCAGCUGUAGAUGAUCCCUCUGAGAGAAGCUGU